AUGCACGCGGCCGAGGGCAUCCUCACGUCUCGCGGCGGCAUGACGUCGCACGCUGCCGUGGUGGCCCGCGGCUGGGGCAAGCCGUGCGUGUGCGGCUGCAGCGCGCUGUCCAUCGACGCCAACAGCAAGACGAUGCGCGUGCACACGUCGAGCGGCGCCGAGGUGGUGCUGCGCGAGGGCGACUACAUCAGCGUGAACGGCACGUCGGGCGAGGUGAUCAAGGGCGAGCAGGAGCUGCAGAAGGCUGCCAUGAGCGGCGACCUGGCGCAGUUCAUGAAGUGGGUGGACGCGCACCGCCGCAUGGAGGUGUUCACGAACGCCGACACGCCCGAGGACGCCCGCGAGGCUCGCGCCCACGGCGCGCAGGGCAUCGGCCUCACGCGCACGGAGCACAUGUUCUUCAGCUCCGCGCAGCGUAUCGCCGCCGUGCGACGCAUGAUCGGCGCCGUGGAGCUGGACUCGCCGGCGCAGCAGGAGGCGCUCGACGCGCUGUGCACGUUCCAGCAGGGCGACUUCGAAGGCAUCUUCCGCGCCAUGGACGGCCUCCCGGUGACCAUCCGUAUGCUGGACCCGCCGCUGCACGAGUUCCUGCCGCACGAGGGUAGCGCGCUGGACGAGCUGUGCGAGACGCUGUCCAAGGAGAUGGAGGUGAGCAAGGCGACGGUGCAGUCGCGCCUGGCCGGCCUGAAGGAGGCGAACCCGAUGAUGGGUCUGCGCGGCUGCCGUCUGGGCAUCGUACACCCGGGCAUCACGGAGAUGCAGGCCAAGGCCAUCGCGGAGGCGGCCGUGAAGGUGGCCGGCGAGGGCAUCUCGGUGCACCCGCACAUCAUGAUCCCGCUGGUGGGCUCGUUCGAGGAGCUGGAGCAGCAGGUGAAGCUGGUCAAGUCGGUGGUGCAGGACGUGAUCGGCAAGCGCGGCAAGUCGUUCGACUACAAGGUGGGCACGAUGAUCGAGGUGCCGCGCGGCGCGCUGCAGGCCGGCAAGCUGGCCGAGGUGGCCGAGUUCUUCUCGUUCGGCACGAACGACCUGACGCAGAUGACGUUCGGCAUCUCGCGCGACGACGCGCAGGCCAAGUUCCUGUCCUACUACGUGAAGCACGGCGUGCUGGAGAAGGACCCGUUCGAGACGCUGGACCAGGAGGGCGUGGGCGAGCUGGUGCGCCUGGCCGUGGAGCGCGGCCGCGCGACGCGCCCCAAGAUCGAGCUGGGCAUCUGCGGCGAGCACGGCGGCGACCCGCAGUCCAUCGAGUUCUUCGAGAAGGUGGGCCUCAAGUACGUGUCGUGCUCGCCGAUGCGCGUGAUGAUCGCCCGACUCGCGGCGGCGCAGGCGGCGCUCAAGCUCAAGAAGAGCUCGCCCGUGCCCGGCGCGUAG